AAGGUCCCGCUAAGAAACAAGCCUCUCAUCCCACCACGAGAGAGAUUGGAUUGUCGACCUCCAUUCUCUCACCCCUUCUCUGCUUCCAAUUCCCUUCCUUCUGGCUUCCUCUGCCUCGAGUUCCGCGGCUACACACCGAGGUCGCACCAUCAUGAGGAGGAGCUCAUGAAAAUCUCCAGUCGAGUAGACGGCUCCGUCUGUGCGGUGCUCUCGAACCGACCGUCGGCCAGGCUUGCCGCCCCGACCGUGAGGAGGAGCUUCUGCGCCGUGAGAGAUGGCGGCGGGGGAACGCACAGGAAGAGGCUCGCUGCUGAUUUCUUCUGCGCAAGGAGCUCGCUAUGGCUGCUCAAGACUUUUACACCAGCGACCGAGCUGCGACGGACCCUCCCAAUCCACCGACCCCGACAUGCGGCAAAGAACUACGGAACUGCCGCCGAGGCUGCGCGACAUUCGGGCCACAGCGCCAAUUCGACGCAUAGACAAGACCCAGAGCACCUCAUGUCCUUUGUCCGACAAGAAGACUCGAGCACGGUCGAGGAGCACUUGCAAUUCUACCAAGACCCAUACCGUCGACGGUAUGCCCAACCCGACGGGCAAAAGUUGGAGGUGUCGGACAACCGGCGGGACUUUGAGCAUCCGACCAAGGAGGAGACCUGCAAAGGCAACGAUGAGACGAAACGAAUAGUUGUCAAGCUCUGUUCUGCCAUCUCGCAAAAACUCCGUCGCCCCUACUACACCUCGCUUGAGCCGAUAUACGACAUCUAUCUCCAACUCCCCGAACCUCGAAUGCUUCACCUCACAUGGCAAUGGCGAGACAAGUUUCUCAGGGUCAUGGGAAGGCCGCCGAAGCGCGAUUCCGAGUCGAUGCUGCGGUACUUUGCGCUGCUUGGUGAUGUGAGAAACGUUGGCUUGUCCCUGCGUCGGACCCAUUGGAACCUCGCUAUGGCGUUUGCUACCAAGUAUGCGGGCCGCGCAACGUCCACCGAGUUGGAGACUGCGCUGCGGAUAUGGAGGGAAAUGGAGCGCGGUGCUGGUAUCAAGGGGAACGAAGUGACGUUCAACAUUCUGUUUGACGUCGCUUCCAAGGUUGGCAAUUAUACCCUGGCCGAGAUGAUUUACAGGGAGAUGGAAAACCGGGAAAUUCCGUACAACCGGUACCACCAUGUCAGUGUGAUACACUACUUUGGCCUGCAGAUGGACUCGGCAGGGAUCCGGGCCGCCUACAGGGACAUGGUCGAGGCUGGUGAGAUGAUUGACACUGUUGUGCUCAACUGUGUCAUAUCGGGGCUUCUCAGGUGCGGCGAGGAGGUGGCGGCUGAAGAGACGUAUCGGAAGAUGAGGGAUGUUCAUUCCAUGGCCCCGGAUCUCCCUGAUAGGAACUACGGGAUGCCUCGGGUCGUAACCAAGGUGUUGAUGAUGUUCAGCAGAGUUGGACGGAAGCACCCCGAGCUCGGCAAGUCUUUGCAGAAGCAGAUCGAGCUCAGUCCGAACCUUCACACCUACAAGCUCUUUGUGGAACACUACUCCACCCGGAUUGGGGACCUGGCAAAGGUUGCUCAGUACCUGGAUGAGAUGAAGUUUCUUCGGAUCACGAUCCAUCCGACCAUCUUCCUGGCUCUACUCAAGGGCUUCUACUCUCACGGAGGGUAUUCGAGCUCAGAGUGGAGCGAGCAGCGCCUCGAGGGAGUCUUGAAGGCCAUGUACCAGGCCAAAGACGAGGGAGUACGAGGUUUCCGUAUUGACCGGUGGCUGGUCAUCUGGGCUCUGCGAGCAGUCAAGAAGUGCUCCUCCAACGAAGCCGUCGUCAGAGUCUACGAUGAGCUGGCCAAGCGCUGGGACAUUGCACCAGAUCGAAUCCCGUUCAUCCAGUCCCUGUUCGACAACGUUCUCAACGGCAGCGAUAUGAAGUCGCCGAUGGGUCAAUGGGAUGGCCCGUCGUAUCGGAGAUACAAAAAAGAUGGAACGCGGUUAUGA